AUGCGCACCACCUUUGUCUUGCUCGGUGCCGCCUUGUCGGCCGCGACCGCACUCGCUUCGUCUGGCCACGGCGGGCGGGUCCCGAGCCACCUUCGCCAGAAGCGCGCCUGGGGCCACCGCCGCGCCGAGAGCGUCGGCUCGCCGACCAUUUCUGCCGACCCGGCGAGCGAGACGUUCCUCACGGCCGUUCCCGACGUCGUCCCCGGCUUCCUCACCGUCACCAUCUCCAACACCGAGGCCGCCAGCCCCGAGACGACCGCCCAGGCUGUCGGUGCGACCCAGGCCGCCACUGGCCCGCUCUCCUGCGCGCCGAGCGUCGGCCUCGGCGGCUCGUGCGACCCGAACGCGGGCGCCUGCUGCCAAACCGGCCUCUCGUGCGUCGGCCAGGUGUGCGAGGCGCUGUGCACGCUCAAGACGCUCGAGCCGUACUGCGACGCGUCGCUCCCGUGCGACGACUCGCUCGGGUACACCUGCUACAAGAACCGGUGCCGUCCUCCCACGGGCGCCGUGCGUGUCCAGAUCGGCGAGCCGUGCGACCAAGGCUCGGGCAACACGCGCUUCUGCAUUCCCGGCAAGGGCAUCUGCUUCGCCGGCACCUGCCUCUCGUGCUCGCAGCACGCCUGA